AUGAUUCCUCAAGGAUAUCAGCUCAACAGAUCCUCGCCGUUCUUCGGCCUCGAGAAUCAAGCCACCCACCUGCCGAAUGAAGUCAAUUCCUAUUUACUGAAUAUCAAGAAGCUCACUUCCCGAUCCAGCACCACCGUCUGGACCAACGAAAUUCUGAAUGUCCUCCGUCCAUUUGAACUAGACGCACUCCUUGAUUACGACCUUCCAAGACCUCGUGAAACCGAUCAGAAGUUCGCCAGAUGGAGAUUCUGGACACCGGUCGUGGCAAGAUGGUUACUGGACCAAGUGGAAGAGCCAAUUCAGCAACAAGUCCAAUCCCACACCACCCACCUCACUUUCGCCGACGAAGUUUUCAGAACAAUCAGAACCGUGAACUUGGGACAUCACCGCUUGUUCAUUGAGCGGGAGCUGGAGAAAUGGCAAAAUCUGAGUCGUGAUAACUUUGAUACCGCUACGGACUUCAUCAUGGCCUACCAGAAUCAGUUUAAUCGCCUGAAGAUCGAAGGAGAAGAAGAUCCCUGCGGUAUGGCUCUGUGUCGGCUCUUGAACGAGCUGGAGGGCGAGUUCCUGCGAGCCAGUUUCAUUCGGUCGGAGGUUAAUGGGAUGGGUCGAGAGGUUGACUACCGGAUGUUCAACUACUACUGUCGGCUUUUGAUCAGCGAGACCCGCGAGUUCCGUGAUACCGAUGCAGGUGGUGGAUUUGACGCUGGGCGUGGGCGUGGGCGUGGGCGUGGGCGUGGACGUGGGACUGGGGGAGGUGGAUCUGGGGAUGGAGGCAGGGGGAGCGACUCUGGUUCCUUGGGCGGAGACGUCUCAUACCGUAACUGGAGAAGAGGCGACGUGAGACAGCCCCGUUGA